AUGGAUAUCAUGAACUCUGCAGGAAUAGUAUCAAGAUUGGCCCUCUUGGUUCUCUCUGCCUACCUCUUCAACCGCAUCUACAUCCCACCCAGCGCUGGUAAAUUCAACCUUCCCCCUCCUGGACCGUCAUUUUCUGAAAAGCGAGAGUGGUUUCAUCUACGACUCGUUGCAUAUAUUUAUCCAUCCCUCAAUAUAGGUCACGCUGCUGUCACCCUCCACGAAUGUCUUUUCAUCUUGAUGACCUAUUUCGAGUACCCCAACUCCCUCGCUGACUAUCUUCUCCUUCCGACGGGAUCGUCCGGACCUCCUGGUUGGAUAGGGAUGCUAGGAUUGCUCAUAGGUGUAUUCGGGGGCUUCUUCCGCCUCGCAUGCUACAAAGCGCUAGGUGAUGCAUUCACCUUCAAUAUCACUCAAUCGCCAAAACUCGUAACGUCAGGUCCUUAUUCCAUCGUACGCCACCCAUCUUACCUAGGCGGCAUACUCAACGGACUCGGGGUAUCAAUAUACCAUUUAUGUCCUGGAUCGUGGCUCAGAGAAAGUGGUAUACUCCAACAAGGUGUAUGGAAGAUCGCUAUAGGGGUGUGGGUUUUUACAACGGUUGUUGCGGCCCAUUUUUUGUGCGUGUUUAGGGCGGAAGAUGAGGAUCGGUUGUUGAAGAGGAUGUUUGGAGAGGAGUGGGAGGCGUGGAGGAGGGAUGUGAGGUUUAAGAUUUAUCCUGGAGUGUAUUAG